AUGUUCCGGGGCCGCAGCGCCUGGUUCUCACAGAGCGUGAGCCCCGGCCGGAGGGAGCUGUGGGCGGCCGGUGGUGGGGAGUGCGCCCACUGGCAGGAUGCUGAGUACCUGUUCAGCAGUGAUGCUGCACACCCGGACACCCGCAGAAUACACGAGAGCCUCAGUUACUUGGAGGGCAGAGCCACAGUCUUCCACUCCUCUUACCUCUCUGCAUGGGCCAACACCAGUGCGGGAGAGAAGACAUCGGUGGCUCUUGGCCACUUUGUCCUGCCACCAGCUUGCCUGCAAGAAGAAAUCAGAAGGCAGAUCGGUUGUUUUAUUUGGGAGCAGGCAGAUGAUUCACUGGCAGAACAGUGCGACAGGAAUCUGACAGACAGACCCAAGGCCGUGGGCACAGGCGGGGAGGAGGAAGAGGAUGAGCACGUGCUAGACCUGACACAAAGCAGUGAAGGAGAAACAGACCCCACAGCACCUGAGGAGGAAUGUCCACACUGUGCCCUGCAUGAGUACCCAAGGAAUAACAUAGUGACAGGCUAUGCCUCCGCUCGGGACAUGAGGAAGUACGUUGGGGAACUCCAUGACUUCAUUCCCGGCACCUCGGGCUAUGAGGCGUAUUGGGUUAAACAAAAGAUCAACAUCUUCGGUGAUGUGAAGACCCGAAUGAAGAGGAAAUUAUAA